GCAGCGGGAGGGAAAGAUCCGAUAGCGAGAAGGCUUCUUCGGAAGCACCGCUAAUACCUCCUUCGCAAGAAGUGGACGCCUUGGAGAGCAAGUUAUGGGGGCUAUAAUUGGAAGAUAUUUUCUACGUCUGUUGAUGGUGUAGAUGUGGGAGAGAAGAGCUGUCGUGAAUCAAUUGUUGCUCACGAAGGCACUGCGAUCUAACGAAUCAUUGGAAUUUGUCGUGUAGUUGAUAAACGCCAGGGCGGGGCAUGAUAUGUAAAUAACUUGAACUUGUAAAAAAGCAAAGGCAAGCGAAUACAAAGCCAUCAUCCAUCAACCUCUUAACCUAACACGUUUAGCCUAGCACCAUUCUAAUAUCUUUGGGCGAUAUGACUAGCGCUAGCGACACAAAUUCCGCUCGAAUAUGGUUGUUGCCUGAACCGGCGAACUUCAAGAAAAUGGCGGAGAUUUUUGCACACAUGUACCGAUUUCGGCUGCGCGCAGCGCGCAAUAUUCUACCCCGCCACAGCUUGGUUGCAGCGACAUUAUGAGAAGAGAUGUGAACUAUAAUUUCCUUCUAGGUAGUCUUAGUUCUACUAGGUAUUUAUCGUGUAUCUAUCCUGUGAAGGUUGUACUAGUAGUAUCGCUGCUCUCAAAGCAUUGACAACUCGUAGCUUAUCAUGCGGUGGAUGAUACAACUGAAUACUUUUUUGAAGACUGAGGAUCUAUAUCUGAUAAGUAUAAUGUUUGAAACUAUAAUCAGAGCGUGAGCUUCUAGGUCAGAUUUCUAGCACAAUGUCCUCCUUGUAGUGGUUUUACUUCAACUCCUACCUCGAGUCAUGAUUUUCACCCCAGCGUGGCAGUCCACCAUAAUCAGAGCGUGAGCUUCUAGCUCAGAUAUCCUCCGCUAAUUACAAACGUUAUUCCGAAGAUUGUGACUACGUAUCGCACUUUAUUGGAGAGGGGCGUCUCUGCCGGAGGAGAGGAUAUGAGAGCCUGGUGCAGCUCGCGCAAAGAAAGAAUCAAGCAACUGGGCAACGGAGAUGAUAUAUGACAAGAAAAUCAGUAAGUACUCAAAAACAUUGAUUCUCAAGGGAUUCCACUUGCACUUCUAGGCGGUCUUCUUAUUUUGCUUUUCUUAUGAGUCUGACUCUGUUAUGUGGGUAAGACCAACGAUUUUUAUACGAGGAUAGGCCCAACAGAGUCGUCGUAUGAUAAUCGUGAAGAGUUCCUCCAACGUAGAGAAAUGAUCUGGAAUAGAAUGAAUACGUUCGUGUAGAACUACUUUCUCAGAUACUUCUAGCUCUUCACUCUUGGCUCUGUUGAGAAACAAAUAUGAGUAUAGUGAUUUUCCUGUCAUGAUAUGGCGACAGCAUCAGCAACAAGCAGGUUGAGAACAAUAUGCUGAAGGCCUUGGAAGAGGUGCUCAGAACCGUUAGAAGUGGUAAUAUUUAAGGCUAGAAACAUCUGUACUUCGUGAAAUAAGUCAAUACAAUUAGAUGAACAAUGAUGAAGAAGGUAGUGGGACAAGGGACAAGGAAGUGGGUAUGAUGCCUCACAUUCUCAUAUUGAGACUCUCAGUGAGUGAAAACAUUUUUUUAGAGUGAGUAAACGGGUAGGACAAGAAGCAAACCCACUUCAUAGCUACACGACGACCUAUACUGCCCCGCAGAGUAUACACUUCCGCCGGAUCGUUUCUGUCGCCUUAGCAUAUCUAAAAGGAGGUGAAGAGGGUCUCUAUCUACUCAUGACCGUUAAUUAUGACGCUCUAAGAUUUUGAUGGGGCAGAACUGGUGAGAGAGCUGCCAACGAACAACGAAGACAGGGAAUUUGGCCCCUUCGAUCUCAUGUUAAGAGUACUGCCGGGCUGGCUUGGGAGCAACGAAGGGAUGACAAGCGAAGAAAAAAAUAAUCAAGUUAAGAACAAUUAAUAGAUUUACUGUAGUAGUCUCAGAUCUCGUCUCUCCGGUCAUCAGGAAAGUCGGCAACACGGGCAUGAUAUGCACGCACGCAUGCAUACCGCUUGCGCCUACGACUAUCCCCAGGAAUCGAGGUAAAUGGCUAUUCCUUUGAUGGCCAGUGGAGGACCCGGCCACGAAGUAGUAGAUUCUGCCGAAUCUAUAAACGUAGUAAGCAUCCUCUUUCUCUAGAUUGCCACGCAUUAUUUAAUGAUCGAGCGUAGUAAGCAUGAUAGAUUAAUAUCCUCAGUUGUAUCCUAUAUCAGUAUGGGUCGUCAUCCUAUCAUGUCUGUGUAACUCAUUCGGCAUCGAAAAUAAUCCCAAUGAUGAUUAUAGGAUACUAUUUUUAUCGGCAUCUUCGAAAACAACACUUUACUGCUAAAAAUACACCUGGCAACGUUCUGGUGUACGGACUAUGCGCCGUCUCGCGAGAGCUCUGGCAGUGGGACAGACUACUUACCGGCACGAUGACGAAGACAGGCAGCCAGAAAAGAAACGGAUCGAUUAGGGAAAUGCUCAGCAUUGUCUCUACAUAAGAAGUUGCUUUUAGCCAUCAAGUGUGAUUCUCUGAAUCAAGAAUCAAUAGCAAGAGGCGGCUAAGGUGAGUCUAGUGCGCGUUAAUAUCUCACCAACAGUUUUCUGUGCUCGCUUCGUGUUUUCUAGCGAAUAGAUCCCCUUGAUGCUCAAACACAUCAGACAGGUCAUUUGAUUACUGCAUCCUCUAGCCUUACAUCUACUACCACUACGACUCUAAAAAAGCCAGUUAUGAGGACGCACUUGCAAGCCUCCGGAAGAGUUUGCCAGACAGUUUGCCAGACCAUGACCCGCAAGCGUCGUCAAGUUAUGAAGCUUCAGAAUUUGAGUUCUUAGUCAGCUGUGUUUGUCAUCGUUAAACCUUUUACAGUUAUAUCCCCAAGGAAAAUGCUAAGCAUGUAGCGGAGUUCGAAUUCUAGAAGUAAGUCAAGCCUCGGAGUCGGACGAUUAUGAUCAAGAACAUAAGGAUAGAGUUAAGUUUAGUAUAAUGGACGCAACCACGCUUGGAGAGUCAACAGCUGACGUAUUACCUAGAAGACUUGAAGUCGUCCACUUUUUCUUGAUUGUUUGUUGGUCAAUGGUCAUUACUGGCUCAAGAUCCAAUGAAUGAACCUGAUUUCAAUGCCAAAUGACUGCUAUCACUCGCCACCUUGAUCGUGAUCAAUGCUGUUCCUUGUCUUGAACUCGUGUUAGUUCCUCGCGUGAUCAUCGUUGGAGCUCAAUGAGUUCCGACAUGAAUGAGCAGCAAGACCUCCCAGGUCUUUAGCUGCACUAUGGCCCCUCAUGACAUCCCAAAGACAUUGGACCCAUUUUGAUACCAUUUCAGGGCCUUAGACAGUCAGUGAUCAUUCGGCACGUCCGUGCUGGUCGUCUUUCUGUUACAUCGCAACGGUAGUCAUUCCAUUUGCUCUCAAGAGCCUCAUAGUGCGCGUGGACGUGUUCGGGUAUUCCGACACUGAUUCAAGCCCUUGGGCCCUACCUUACCCUACUAAAAAAAAUUGCUAGUCAAUUCAUUGUAGAAGUAGAGAAAACAGGGCCGCACUAUUUGCGCCACAAAAUUAAUGCCGGAUAUGAGUCUUGGAGAGAUUUCACCCAAACUGGGGCAGAAAUCUGAUUGGUGUGACUGGCUUCGAGCGGUAACGCAAGAAGCAGACCGCCUGGACCUAGUCCAAUACCUCAGCAACGUGCUUAGCGGCAAUGCGGCAGGGGUUCCGAACCAACCCAACAACAACGGCCGCAAGCUCCAGCAGAAUUGGCGAGAUUUGAGGAGCGUGGUCACCAUCAUCAAGUCGCUCAAAGGUGCAGCCGAAGCACAUACGAAGGAUCAGGAUACCACUGCAAUGGACGCUGGCGAAGUGGUGACUAAUCUCCGUGCCGCUGGUUUCAGUCAAAAUGACUGCACAGAGCAGCGAAUCUCCGCUAAAGCGUUGGAAGGGAUGCACUUCUCUUCACGAGCCGUGAUAUGAUUCUCCUCCAGACGUUCCAACAUUCUUGGCGAAGGUUUGAGAUGUCACGAACCAAUCUCCGACCGUCUACCCGCCGGCAGUUGGUGUGGCUGUUGCUGAUCAACAAAGCGGAGCCAUCCUCGACAUUCUGCCUAAAAUGUUUUCUAAAGCAUUUCGACAGACAAUCGAGAGGAUGCAAGAAGCAGAACGUUUAACGUUCGUUCAAAUCGGUGAACGACUCACGAAACGACUGCAAAGUUUGACUGACUCUGGUGAGUACAAGAUCGAGAGUCCAUCUUUCGGCAAAGCCUCUCCGGCUGUCGAAGAUUCCGAUGAUGAAAACCAGACCAAUACCAAAACCAAGAAGCCGCGUAAGCGUCAAGAUGAGAGUGAUGACGAUGGUAACGCGUUUGCCGCUCUCAAGAAGACAACGGCCAAACGACUUCGCAAGAAAAUUCGCAAAGAAGUCAAGAAUGAUGCCUACGCAGCGAAAGGAAGUGGAAAGAGUAGUAGUAGUUCUAGCAGUAAGAAGAACAAAGGAAGCGGCAAAGGUAAAGGCGCUAAGAACUCAAAUCCUAAUGAGGGUAUCCGGUGCCACUAUUGUCACAAGUAUGGACAUAAGGCGCAUAAAUGCUGGCUAAACCCGAUGAGUCAAAGCUACCAACCUAAUAAAGCCAUGGGCGGCAACUUCUUCAACAAUUCCUACAACUGUUGGCCGCAAGGUAAUGCUAUCCCUCCGUGUCACCAGAACAGCUAUCCACCGCAACAAAGUGGAGGAAAAGGAUUCGACAACAGUAACUAACCCGCAGCAAUGGGGUGGACAACAACCACAGCGCAGAGUCGAAAUCAAUCAGGAAUGGAAUGGAUAUGGGCAACGAGAUGGACAAGCCCAAGACGAAGAAGAAUCUGAGGAAGGUUUCGAAGAUGAGAAUGGAAGACGUUCGCUGAACUUUGGAGAAAACUCUGAGGAUAAAGAGUAUAGAGGUGAACUGUUUAGGGGUGGGAGCUAUUUGACUGAUAGUCACUCAGGUUGCUAUCUUAGUGCAAAUAAGCGAGACGAUAGCAAAACAGUUCCACUUGUUGACAGUUGUGUAAGCAAGUACUUGCCUAGCCAUCGUCCCGAUUUCAAGAAGAUUAGCUACGGGCUUUGUCACAUUAGCGGCACUGCUUGAAAGCGAAGCGGGAACUUAGGUAGACUAAAAGAAAAUAAGUGAGGACUAAAAUAUGGCGCACACUUUGAACACUUACCAAAAGCCAUAGGUCGCGUUAUACCGUGGCUAGGUGAACUGAAGGAAACUAUCACGAGAACAAGGGUUGGCGAAUGAAUUUCACAGAAAGUGGCGGAACGUUAUACGAUACCCGCUCCGGCCGCUCUCUACCCAUAACAAAUUGCCCCCGGAUGCAGUUACCUACUCUAGGUUGUGCGUGACAUGUUUGGCAAAGAAGAAAACGAAACUGAGGAGGAUAUAGUAUGCACUAGUAUAGAAGCGGCUAGACUUCACUCACAAACCUCAAGACUAGACAGACAUCGUAGACUUGGUCACUUUCACGUCGAUGGCCUUAGUGUAUCUGGUCCAGAAUGUGAUCGGACCAAAGGCCAAAGACGCGCUCAUGCAAAAGUGGGGCCCGCUGGGCAUCUACCUUCUCCAUCGAAAACGCUUGCAAUUGAUUUCGCAGUUGGUAUUAGACCAGUAUCGAUAAGAAGCAAAGGGCGCGCAUUAGUCGUUAUCUGUGAUUCGAUUAAAAUGCGUCUCGUUCGUCCUCUCUGCCUUAAGUCGGACUGCGUUGAGGUGAUUGAGGAAGUAAUAAAAGGCAUUCGCCAGGACUACUCACUGCCACUCGACGACAAGGCGGCAUGGUUCAUCUGUAGAGAUAGCGAACCCGUCCUGAGUAGUGACCAUACGACCAAAGUCAUGCAGUCGCUACUGGUUUCGGAAAUUCCUGGAGUUCUUUACAGCCCAGAAAUGAACGGAACUUGCGAACGUUUCACGCGGACCAUUUUCGGCGCUGUACGUACCACGUUGGUCAAAGUCGACCGACGUCUUUGGUGUUACUGCUUCCAGUAUGCCGGAGAUUGUUGGAAUCGCUUACCGCAUCGUUAUGCAAAAGUGCCAGAAUAUGACGGAAGGAGUCCUGUCGAGAUACUAGAAAAGAGGAUAGGAGAGAAGUUCUCGAAGAGUGGCCUAGGUAUGUUAAGACGAUUUGGCUGCUUGGUGUACUUUCGUGAGCAGGUCGUAGACACCACCAACAAGCAAGAAGCAAAGCGUGCGUCACCUUAUCGGCGUGGUGUGUUUCUCGGUCUGUGCCCAGUUUCGUCUGGUUGGCUAGUAGGUACAUAUCACAACGAUGGGGGAGCGAGAUCUGGCUUCAAGUGGAGUGAGUAUUCCACCCUAGACGUGAAAUCUCGAGAGUCGAUACUAGUCAAGAACAUUGAUUGGCCAUAGCCUACGUCGAAGGGCGUUUAUGUUGAUUAUGACCCGCUGGAAAGCCUGCAGUCUGGCACGCCGUCGCUGGGUCCCGUCUUGCACAGACAUGCGCUGCAGCGUAUGGCUUGUCGGCCGCGCUUCUCUGGCACGGAGUACGGCUCGGGCGAUCCAACCGGAAUGGAGACGAUAUCAGAUAAAAACGAAGUUGGAGAGUUUUUCUGUGAAUCUUUGGACAAAGAAGAAGAUCCAAAGACCGGCGAUGAUUCCAACUCUGACGCGCAACGCGUUGAGGAGGGGAAUAGCUCAUCGGAGCGUGUGUCGCCUGACUCUAAUCUUGAAGCAAGGGAUCCGAGGCCCUUACCCAUUCCACCAUCUCAGCCAGGCAAAGUUGAGCAGGGGAAGAAAGGCCGAGGCAGACCCAAAGGGAGCAAGGAUAAGAAUCCAGGACAACGCAAGAGAAGAACAAGAGCCGAGCUAGAAGCAUUAAGAAAAGACAUGACUAAUUUUGCCAUGCUAGCAGGCGGGCAUGAGCUGGAAGAAGGGGGGACCUUUCUCGAAGCGCGUGCCAUGUUGUCAGUUUCCCAAGCCUUGGAAAGCCUUGACGCUGAAAAAUGGCGAGCGGCUAUCACCAAGGAGGAAGCUAGAUUGCUUGCCUUUGAGACUUGGGCGCCAGCUACUGACGAGGAGCUGCGAAGCUCUUCUCAGGUAAUGCCUAUAGGUAUAGCAGUCGCUCUCACGGUAAAACGUUAUGGAACAUUCAAAGCUCGCGCUUGUGUGCUCGGGAAUCUUGAUCGUUCGGGGAAUAUCGACACCUACGCCCCUGUAGUGUCACACGCUGCGAGUGGACUUUUACCAGUCUCAGCGGCGACGGAUUGCGACUUCGUCACUCCGUUUGACCUUGAUUCUGCGUUCCUUAGUGCUGAACUCGAUCGCGGCGCCUUCUGCCGUCUUCCACCAGUGUGGGCGGAGAAGCAUGGAGCGGAUAUCGUCAAGCUUAAGAAGGCUCUGUAUGGGCUCAAGGACGCCCGACGAGCUUGGUUCAAGAAGUAUUGCGUGCUAUUGUCCGAACUCGGAUGGGAGCCGUGUCCUUCUGCUCCAGGAUUGUGGAGGAAAAAGAGCAAAACGCACCCAGGAAAGUGUAUAAAGAUGUCAGUCUAUGGCGAUGAUAACUUAGCUUGCUACUGGACCUGACUAUCAAGAGUUACGGUCCGAGCUCGGCUGGGUCUUUAGUCGCGCCCCCGGCCGACUUAUUGAGAUGGCAAAGCGAGUCGAUUCCCACACGGGUUUCGAAUGGCUAGGGUUCGACUUUCUUGGUGCGAUUGUGCACUAUUGUCGGGAAGCGCGUUCAGUGAAAACCCUGGCGAGUGUGUACAUAGAGAAGACUUUGCAGAAGUAUAAAAUGACUGCAGGUAGGCCGGUGUGGUCUCCAAAUUUCGACGAGUCUGCUUUGCUUGGGGAGGGGCUUAAGCUCGCAGCCGGGUUUCCAUUGCGUGAGAUUGUUGGCGCAUUGCUUUGGAUAUCGACAACCGCAAGGCCAGAUGUGUGCGUCCCUGUGGCGACAUUGGCUCGGUAUGUCAGUAAGCCCGCUACUGAAAGAAUUGCAAAAGCCUGUAGAAAGGUAUUAAAGUAUCUAGCUACGACAAAGGGCCAAGGACUCCACUACUCUCCAGAAAGUGGGGAGGAAUUCGACGAAAUUUGCAAGAAGCUCGCACCAGAAGGAAGAGAGCUACCGUAUAGUAAUUGGCUCUCAGAUGCAGGACUCGCAAACUGCAGAAAGAGCACGCGCUCGGCCAGUGGUUCGAUUAUGUACUAUCGGGGUUUUCCUAUCUGUUGGAAACGCAAUACCCAAACCGUGCGUGCGUAUUUAGCUGCAGAGUCAGAGUAUAUAGCCGCGUCGGGCACUAUUGUCAUGAGCGAGCUGCGUGAUUUUAUAGAUUUCUUCAAUCCCUUACCCACUCAACUAGUGGGAACGCGGUUUGGUAUAUCGCCAUCCCUCGACGAUGCCACGCUGUGGAUCGACAACCCGUCUGCAAUCUCGACGGCAAAGUGUGAAGAUAUGAAGCCCAAAAGUAGACACUACGCGCUACGUUUUUUAAGGGUUAGAAAUGCAGCUGAGAAAGUCGCUUGCCGUCUUACUCACCUAAUGAAAGCUGAUGGACUAGCGAGACUUUCAUCCUCAUCCACCCAGCGCAAGUUCUGAGAAGCCCUAGGCCAUAGUAAGCAUCUGACUCCCUCCGGGUGGACGGGGUGCGACCUUUGGUCUUGUUUGGUUCGCUUUGGUGUCACUGUUUCAGGGCCCUUAUGCCUGCCUUCUUGACUGUAGUGGUGGAUCGACUACGUUUUUCAUCCACCCAACGCAGAUUAUUACUACAUCAUGUAGGAAAUCCAGUAAUUAGCCCUAACCAUGUUGAAGAUGCUAGUGACUCGGAAGAAGAAGAUGACGAUCUUAGUUCAAGUUCUGCUUCUUUGGCGGCGCUUACCUAUUCUAUCUUCUUAGGGUGUUGGGUGUUAGGUCGUUGGUCAACGGUGACAGAGGCUAUAGAGCAAAUCGUGAUGGUUCAGGGUCAGAGCAGGCAACGCCAGACCGUUCGUGACUUUCGUCAUUUCUUCACCUAGCGACUGAGGAGGGGCGUUGGUCAGUGGUCAUUACUGGCCCAAGAUCCAACGAAUGAGCCUGAUUUCAAUGCCAAAGGACUGCUAUCACUCGUCACCUUGAUCAUGAUCACUGCCGUUUCUUGUCUUGAACUCGUGUUAGUUCCUCGCGUGGUCAUCGUUUGAACUCAAUGAGUUCCAACAUGAAUGAGCAGCAAGAUCGGAUCUCCCAGAUCUUUAACUGCACUCUGGCCCUUCAUGAUAUCCCAAAGACAUUGAACCCAUUUUGAUACCAUUUCAGGGCCUUAAACAGUCAGGGAUCAUUCGGCGCGUCCCUUCUGAUCGUCUUUCUGUUACAUCGCAACGAUAGUCAUUCCAUUUGCUCUCAAGAGCCUCGUAGUGCGCUUGGACGUGUUCGGGUGUUCCAGCAGUGUUGCUUUUUGAAGAUUUUACAACUUUCAUUUUCACGCUGAGCAGCCCAUGCUCUGGAACCCGGGAAUGUGCGGACUUUGGCGAGUGUUAUUCGUUCAUUGCAGAGAUAUUACUAAAGAAGAUACUUCCAGUUCGAGCCAGGAUGCUUCGGGACGGGACGAUGCAACAACUAGUCGGCAAAAGAGGGCCCUCUGCUUAUGCAUCUUGUAA